AUGGCCCCGCACCGCAUCCACGUCGCCGUACUAGACGCCGACAUCCCCUGUCUCUCCGUCUACGUCAAGCGCGGCCUAUACAGCUCGCAGUUUAAAAAUCUCCUCCAAGGCGCUGCCGACCGUCUCAAUCAAAACGAAGAUGUUCGCCUCCAAAACGGCCAGUUAGCCGUGCACGUCACGGCGUUUGACGCCGUCGGAGGAACCCUCCCACCACUCGAAUGUCUACGCACCAGCCCAAGAUCACCAGCAGAGCCUCAAGCCGGCGGCCCUCUAAGCGCGAUCGACGCGAUCCUGAUCACUGGCUCUGCAGCCUCGGCAUACGACCCACACCCGUGGAUCAGCGAGCUGCAGUCCUUCAUUCAAACCGUGCACGAGAGCUAUCCUUUCGUGAAGAUCUUCGGUUCCUGCUUCGGCCACCAAAUCAUCGCGCAGGCCCUACUAUCUGCCUGGCAAACGGAAGAUGCGCAAUCUUCUUUUCGCGUGGCCCAUUCUGCCAAAGGGUUCGAGAUGGGCAUUCAACCCAUCACAUUGGAUCCUUCAUUCACCGCAAACUUCCCACCACUCGCCCGCGUGACCGAACAGCAUCCAUUCCGGAUCCAGCUUGUCCACGGCGACAUCGUCGUGCCGACUGAAGAAGCUGCUGCCGCCGCAGCAGCAGUCGGUCAGACCGAGGUCACGCUGCCCGCGCCAUGGAUGAACAUCGGAAAGAGCGCGCAGUGUGAUAUCCAGGGGCUGUAUUAUCCCGGCCGGAUUUUGACCUAUCAAGGCCACUUUGAAUUCGACGCCUGGUUGAACAGCGAACUGUGCCGGGAAUUUGGUCGCCGAGCCAACUGGGCUGCGCCCCUGGUGGCCUCGUACGUGGAGCAGAUCGAGCGCUCGCUCGUACCGGGCAAGGACGACGAUGAUGACUCGAAGGCUGCAGCCGAAGCUGUGCUCCUUUUCUUCGCGGGCGAAGAUCAGGUCCGCAAGGUUGACGCUGUUACCCCAGCGAAUGGAAUGCUUACGCCGCCGCUGGAGCAACUUGCUGGCUGA